AUGAAUGGCCCCUAUGCAUCCUGGGGCUACUUGGACGAGGAGUUCGGCACUACCAAGAGUUCGGGUAGCAGCGCCCGCCUGAGCGUCCACACCGACGAGACGCCACAGGACUGGAGUGGUGCGCCCGCACCGGGCCCCGAGUGCACGUCGCCUCCCUCCGUGGCGCGCUGUGCGCACCCCGUCCCGUCCUGGAUAUUUUCGGGCGCCAGCAUCCUGGAUGGCUUCUGCCAGCGUUGGGAUCCGCGCAGCCAAUGCCUCGAACCUGGCGGAAACGCCUUCGCCUCUCUGGACGAAUGCCAGAAGACAUGUUCCAACGCUACGCACGUGAACAGCCGGUGCGGUGCCGUGCGCAGUCGAGCCUGCCGAGAUGGGGACCGCCGGCUUCAGUACGUGGUGGGCCUCGGUCUGGCAGCAGCCGUCGCCGACAGCACUGAAAGGGUUCGGUGCACGCGCCUGCCGCCCGACAUGUGCGCCUUCGAAGGUCGCGGGUUCGCUUCGCUCGCCGAGUGCCGGGACGCCUGCAACAUCGGGAAAACCGCCCCGACCAACGACGACAGCCCCGCGUCGUCGUCGCACCCGCGUUGCCGUCCGGGAGCCGUGGUGCGUCGUUGCAGUUGGGAGCAACGCCGACUGCCCUUCUUCUACGACCAGGACGAGGCCCGCUGCCUGCCCUUCAUGCACCUGUGCCUCGCCAGGGGCGGAUUCCGCGACAGGGACACCUGCGUGCAACGGUGCCUGCUGGCGCCGGCGUAACAUGGGAUUGUGCCGCUUACGACCUUCGAGAUAUUCGGCGCGCGCGCAGUCCGAUCUCGGAGGCUACGGUGUCACGCCCAGAAUACGCAUGAGUCGGGCCAUGCGCAUCCAACCGGGCGUUGCAGGCGAAUGCAGGGUGCAGUGAUGGGGGGCUACACAUUUGAUUUGUCGAAAUUCCUGCGGCAACGAUGUACACACCGACGAUGCUUAGAUAACUGUGAUUUGGAUAGGCAACGACACCUAAACAGCUUUCUAACUUUCUUCUGCAUAAAAUUAUACCAACUGUCAGCGUGCAUGCUAGGCUGGAAUAGUGUAGCGAUGCUUUUCCAAUGCUGGCGCUUCGGCAAUAGAGCGCUGCUGUGCGUGCCACCUAAUCGCCGCAAUGGGCCGGCCGUUGAAUGGUGGAUCACGGGAAAUUUCUUAUUGACUUUUGUUUCAGGUCUUGCCUGAUUACCACAGAGGCUGUAAUUACCCGAAAGGGCCUCAGUUUGAAACAAAUGCAUUACAACACACACGCACAAAAUGCCCAAACCGAGUGUCACAUUUUACAAUUUGAGAAAUUAUUUUAACAGCUGAUUUUUCGUCACAAAUCUUAAAAGAACUCGCUCGUUUUUGAAUUACAGAAGGGAUGCGAAAUAUUUUUUCACAAUAAAAUAAUAAUGUAAAUGAAGAUGUUUUAAUCGAUAUGUGCCGAAAGUGUUGUCAGAAUAACCUAGUACAAAAGCACCAUAUUCUAAAACAAGUUAAAGCCCCAAAGGUAAAUUACAGACGACGUAUUUAAUAGUUAGUACUUAAUACUUAAGUAAUAGCACAAUACAGUAUAGUAGUUCAUACAAUUAAAGAACUCGAAAUUAUACAGACAUGAUCAGUCCAAAAUCAGUGUAGCUUUAAUAUGCAUCGUGAACACCUCCUUUGAUUUUCCUC